ACGGCGCGCCGUUGGUGUCAUGCGGAAGAUGGCGGCGUCCAGGGGAGGCUGAGGGCUCUGCGGAGUCUGUGAGAUUUCCGUACAGUCGGAGCGUGCGCCUUGGGGGUUUCUUCGUUCUGUGUUUUGUGCUCCCAGGUUUCGCGCCGCGCGUCCUCUCAGGCCCUCGGGCGCGAUGUGGAGGAGCUGCCUCCGACUGCGGGACCCGGGGCGCCGCCUCCUGAACGGGCCCGCAGGUGGUCCUAUAGCCUCCGUGGGGCCCAGGCCAACCCACCCGGCCCUGGCCCGGGCCUACGCGCCCCCGACAGAAAGGAAGAGAUUUUAUCAGAAUGUCAGCAUCACACAGGGUGAAGGUGGCUUUGAGAUAAACCUGGACCACAGGAAGCUGAAAACUCCCCAAGCCAAGCUCUUUACGGUCCCCAGCGAGGCCCUGGCUAUCGCAGUGGCCACUGAAUGGGACUCCCAGCAAGACACGAUCAAGUACUACACCAUGCACCUGACCACACUGUGCAACACAUCCUUGGACAACCCAACCCAGAGAACCAAGGAUCAGCUGAUCCGGGCGGCUGUGAAGUUUCUGGAUACAGACACCAUCUGCUACAGGGUGGAAGAGCCAGAGACAUUAGUGGAACUUCAAAAGAAUGAGUGGGAUCCAAUCAUAGAAUGGGCCGAGAAAAGAUACGGUGUGGAGAUCGGCUCCUCCACCAGCAUAAUGGGACCCAGCAUCCCGGCCAAGACUCGAGAGGUGCUCGUCAACCACCUGGCGUCUUACAACAUGUGGGCCCUACAAGGGAUUGAGUUUAUAGUGACCCAGCUCAAGUCCAUGGUGCUGACCUUGGGCCUGAUUGACCUAUACCUGACGGUGGAGCAGGCUGUGCUGUUGUCGCGCCUGGAGGAGGAGUACCAGAUCCAGAAGUGGGGCAACGUUGAGUGGGCCCAUGACUACGAGCUGCAGGAGCUGCGGGCCCGAACUGCUGCUGGCGCCCUCUUCGUCCAUCUCUGCUCCGAGAGCACUACAGUCAAGCACAAGCUCCUGCAGGAGUGAGGCCUGGGCAGCGCCUGCCCCACGGGACGGACCGUACAGCCACAGCCCCUCUGGCCUGCAGGGCCCUGCUGACCCUCCGGGCUCCCCCAGCAUGCAGGGCUCCCCUGACCUGCGGGGCUCCUCUGGCCCAUGAGGCUCCCCUCACCAUCGGGACUCUUCUGACCUUCAGGGCUCGGCCUGGCUCAGCAUUUUCGAGAGAUGGCCCAGAGACACAGCGCGCUGUCCAGAGGUCAGCCUCAUUCCAGGGCAGCAGUGAGUGAAGGAGAUGAGUUGUACAAGUGACUUUCUCUUGACCCUGAUUUUAUUAAAUAUUUCUCCACCCUGGAAA